UGCUGGCGUUGCGCGCGCGUAUAUACGCCCGAGACAGACGGCCUCCGAGCCCACUGCAGUGGAAACGCGCGCGCUCUGCGAGUCUCAGCCCGGAGCAUGAUCGUCAUCCUCGUGCCGUUUUUCUUGGCGGCCCAGCUGCGGGAGGCGGCUUGGCACGGCGGCGGCGGCGGCGGCGGCGGCAGCGUGCCCGAGGCCACCUAUCGGUUCAGCCUCAACUCCACGGCGGUGUCCGCGUCCAGGCUGCAGGCGCGCGCCGCCGACCGGUCGACGCGCUUCGACAUGAGCGCGCUGCUCAAGUGCAGGUUCCGCGGGCCGGCCUCCCUCCUCUGCCACAUGACCGACUCCAAGGCGGUGAGCUUCGCCUCGAGCACCCUGGACCCGGCGUUGCCCGGAGUGCCGCUGCCCGGGACCACGGACCAGCACCCCGAGUACCAGCUGGCCGAGGAGGCCUUCGAGGUGACCUUCACGCCCUACGGCAUCGGCAAGAUCCUGGUGAACCGGAGCGUCAGCCCGGCCGACCUGAACAUGAUCCGGGCGGUGGUGAACCAGCUCAACGUCGGCGCCAACAUCGCCCAGCGCAAGGAGGCCCAGUUCCAGCACACCGAGAAGUCGCUCAUCGGCAAGUGCGACACGACCUACCGCGUGGCCAAGGACUCGUCGGGCGGCGCGGCAGCUGAGUCGGCGCCGCAGCCCUGGGAGGACGACUACCGGCUGAGCGGCCUGGAGAGCCUCGGGCGCAGGAAGGCCGAGACGCUGCGGCUGGAGAAGCGUCGCAACCUGCACAAGUGCAGUCUCCGCGCGGACUACUUCUUCGGCAGCCGCGAGGGCCUCAAGACCGACCCGUCCGACUUCGAGGCUCGCGUCGUGUCGUCGGAGAGCACGAUCUACGUGUCGGACGAGCAGUUCGCCUCGUACACGCACAACGAGCUGGAGAUCGACCGCCGGUACGGCGAGGACCUGAUCGUCUACGAGAACUACGCCAUGAGCCUGAUGUCCGUCGACCUGGCCGAGGUCGGCCUGAUACCGGCCUCCAUCGUCGAUCCCGUCUCCGCUUCGAUCUACGCCUACCAGUACGUCGACGACGACGACGACGACGACGAGUCCGCCGAGAUGCACGAGCGCGCCCGAGUGGCCUCCUCCUCCUCCUCCUCCCCCUCGCGCAGCUCUCGCCGCUGACUCUUCCGCCCGUUCGCUCGCGUUCCCGGCGGCGCGCGAGGCAGCCCGAGGAGCUAGCGAAGCGGCUUCGCUCGAACGCUGCGCCGGCGCGACGCCGCCUUUCCCCUUUCUCCGCUUUUUCCUUUUCUCCCCCUUUCCUCGGGCGCGCGCUAGUGGCUUUAUCAGCCUCGAGCCCGCCGGCCGAUUGAUUUUUUUUAAUUGGCCCCGCGGACUCGAGUCCUGCAUUUCAGCCAGGCCAAUUUGCUCGAGUUCCACCGUGAGCUAAGGCUGCCAAGAAAAGUAGACCUUUUCCGCUCUCGUGAACGGGAGACAUUAGCCGCGAGAAUUUUUUAAUAAUUUCCGCUCGAGCUUUUUUUCCUUCUCGCUCCAGCGCCGAGGCUUAUUUUCAUCUUUGUAACGCGUGCUGCAGUUGCUGUCACCGUUUCAUUAAUUCCCGGAAAGCUCGCGUGAGAAUGUACGCGGGGAACAGUAAUAAAGUCGUUGAAUAAAGGCAAUUGGGAAGGAAAGGCAAAUCAUGGGACAAUAAGAAACUGCAGUGUCAUUUUAAUAUAGAUAGAUUUAUUAAUGAUUUCGUCGUUAGAGUAUCUGUCGAUAAUGUUGGAUUAUGUACAAAAUAACGCUGAAGUAUGACAGAAUAUAUACUAUAUACAGAGAGGUGGGGCGCGCACGGGCAAUCGGGCGCGCGGAGACGCGCGGAGACGCGCAGAGAGCGCACGUAAUGCGUCGUAAUUGAACGCACUUAGAAUGCUAGACGUGUUAUAUACACGUGGGCCGGUUGCGAGCAGGCAGCGCUCGCAAGGACAUAUCUUACUCAGGCGCUCGUUCGGAUUAAACUUUCUGGCGAAACUCCGCUCCCGCCGCGCUAAUCUUUCGCACGCUUGGCGCUCGUUUGGCGCUAUCGCAUAUCAUCUCCGGCGCUAGAGCGACGAUAAGCCCAGCCAGCCACGAGGAGACCGAGGCGCAGGCUUAUCAGCCGAAGCCGCGGCAAGCGGGCGCAGCUUAAUUCCGCAAUCGCUUCGUUCCGCGCCUUCUCGCCUCGCGCGCCCCCCGCCGGCACGGCCCCAGUGCCGGCGGCCAUCUAUCAUUGGCAGCGAUACCGAUAUGUACACUGGCUGGCUGCCUCUUUCUUCGGAUUAGCCGCGCUGGCUGCGACGGCGCCGAGCCAGCCCAGGAACACGCUCACCGCGUUAUUGCACAGACGAUGCGCAUCGGCCGCCGACGCGCUUGUCGCUCGGACCGAUUAGCGAUUGCUAGUGUCGGUGGCGCAAACCAAAGAUAAUCCCUUCGAUCGAGCCAGUAUGCUUUCCUUCCUGCCCAGACGCACGCACCACUCUUAAUCGCUUCGGCCUACAUACGCUAUCGCGUGGUGCGCGUUGCGUUGGCGCGAGUACGCCGGGCACAUGUAUGGACAGCGAAUACGUACAGCUCGCAGCCGCUGGCGGCAAACUAAUCGGCAAAGAGUUUACACGCACGUUCGGAUCGAGAGGAGGAAUGUAUUUACAGCAACAAGAGAACAGAAAAAACAAGAUAACAAUGGCACGCCGUUGCGCACACGCACGCUCGUUCUCGCUGGCGCACGGAUCCCCGCAAUCGGACCGCCUCUCUCCCGUCAAUAAUAAAUUACAAGGAUUCGCCCUCCGCGAGGAAGACGAAUGGCAAAGAGCUUAGCUUAGCACAAGUACAAUUUGAUAAAUAAUUUAAACGCGAUACGUAGGUUCGCUCGUUUCCUUAAGUACGAUCGAGGCGAACCCCCAUCAGACGGAAUAUCGCCUCUCUGGGUCGCUAGUACAUUAUUCUUACAAAAAAAUACACAUAUUUACACGCUUUGCGACUUUCUUCAGCUACGAGUUAUGUAUAUAUACAUACAUACAUACAUAGUUGUGCAAUAUAUAUACAUAUGUAUAAUAUAUAUAUAUAUAUAGCACUACGUAUUCGAGUGUAGAUAUACACGAUUAUUAGGUAGUAUUAUCAAGUUGUUUAUUUCGGAUACACAAUCAUAUCUCGUGUGAUAUUCGAAAGGUUACUCGAAAGUUAUAUUGCUAGGUAAGACUUCUAGAGCAGUGCAUACGCAAACAUUAGAAACAUUAGAAAAAUCAAGUGGACAAGUAUAUUGCUUUUGGUUGGACGAACGCGUGGAAGAGCCAGCGCUGCAUCGAAACGCUGCCUCGGUGCAUCAUACAUAGAUAGUGAAAAACCAAACACUCAAAGGCAGAAAACGUCCGAAAAAGACCGGAGGUAGAUGUAAAUGGAACGGAGGAAGAAAUAGAGAGCGAGAGAGAGAGAGAGAGAGAAAGAAACGCGAGCUUACCAGGGAAGGGAAAAAAGGUGAGCGGGGGUUGGUCAGGCCGUAUGUGUCGGCUUGUAUAUAUCGGCAUUCCUGAGAUAGCGUCGAGCUAUAAUAUACGAAGGAGGUGUGCUCGCAUGCGGGGGCAGGAGGAGAAGGAGAGUUAUGUAGGAGAGCUAGCCCAGUUCGUACGUUGUAUUGCUUUCUCAAUAAGGCGUUGGCUAUAGCCAUAAUGCCGUAGCGAGCAGCGCGAGGCUGCGCGCGACGCUCCCCGUUAUUAAUGGCUCUCGAUCGCCGGCAGCCUUGCGCGCCAGAAAAAUUAGCGGGACGAAGCGGCAACGAGCCGAGGACAUUGAUUUUUCUAUCGCUAAGCGAUUGAGAGCUGAAUUGUACUUAUUUCCAGCCAGCGAGAGAGAGAGAGAGAGAGAUUUAGCACGGUCGAUGGGCCUUAAGUGAAGCGAGAAAUCGAAAACUCGCGAGGCCGUGUUCUCGAUUGCUUUGUCUCUCGCUUCAUUUCACGCACUUUACCUCUUUUUCCAAAUUCCCUUUAUCGCCUUCUUCCGCGCGCGCGUCGAAGAAGAUUUCCCUUUCCUUUCUUCUUUUUUUUUUUCGGAAAAGCUCGUUCGCUCGCAAGUUUAGGCAUAAAAAUUCCGCUGGCCUUUGGGGCCGAAAGUUUCCGGGACGGGGGUGGGGCGAAGGGGAGCCGCCUAAAUAAAAGACGAAAUCACUCUUACAUCCGAGGAACAAAUUUGGGAAGCCUCCGUUCGGAGUCGCGAGGCCGAGCGUAAAACAUUUAUGAGGGCGGCGAAUCACUCGAUUCAAAUGAAGAAGAGCGAGAAAGCCGGCCAGUUGCAGGAACUAAGUUUUCUCUCCGGGCUCGCCCUCCCGUGUUCGGCGAGUUACGCUUUCACGUACUCGGUAACGACGACGAUCACUUUCUUCGGGCGAACGUGCCGAGUAUGCGAGAAACGAGCGCCUCCCUUUUUUCGCGUCAAGCACUUUCCGAGUUUAGCUCUCCGGCGGAUUUGUAUAAUCGGCUGAGGAUCUAGAAUUCCGCUCUUAAAAGCAGAAGAGAAAGAGAGGCAGCGGGGAUAGAGAGAGAGAGAGAGAGAGAGAGAGAGAGAGAGAGAGAAAGAGAGUGCGCGCGCCGGGAUCUGUUAAUCAACGUGAUCUAGUGCAGCGAUUUAUAGCCGAUUGAACAAGAUUUAAUUGAGUGGAUUUUGCUGUCGGCGAUAAUAGCCGCCGUCCAUUUGCAUCCGGUUGUAUAGCUAGUCGCAGCUCGCUCGCGCAUAAUUAUUUUUGUCGCAUGAAGCUCCGACGGCCGUUCGCUCGAUCGACUGGCUCUGCCGCUGGAAAAACGUGGACAAGUGCGCGGCCCAGUUAAAAGGUGAUUUCUCGCUUCCGCGCUAGAAAAAGCUCCCCCUUCUCCCUCGCUCUCCCUCUCUCUCUCUUCCCCGCCAUAAAGCACACACGACGGGUCUACUACGGCGAAUGCAUGCUCAUCGAGCUGUGCAUCAAAAGAAAACAAGUCGAGGGCGAAAGCAUUUGGCGGCUUUGAUCUUCGAUCUGAGCUUGCUCAGAGCCGCGGAAAUGAAAUUACUCCUCUGGCGACGGCAAAAAAAAAAAAAAAUAAAUAAAGGAAAAAAAAUGGCGGCAUUUAUUUCGACGGCGAUACCGCGACCCUUCCCGAGGAUUCUCGCUCAAAGGAAGCUUCGUAGCUACGUUCGCAGACAAUUCCGGCGCGCGCACGUCCGUAUAGAUAGCGUAAUCUAAUGGUCGCUCGGCCGAACUAUCACAGACGGAGAAAGAGAUGAGAGUGCGCGGCUUUGGGACGCGGGGCCCCGAGUCGAAGCAGAGCACACGCCCAAGGCGUAUACGCAAACUCCGGUCGAGGGAGUAGCCCCGAAUCUUCUUGUCUCAAAGGUGAGCGAACAAAGGCAGCUGUGUGCAAGACCGAGCUCGUUACCGAGCCGCAGCACGAAUUUCCGAUUCGUAGCCGACCCCCUCUUUGACGCACGAUCGACGCUUCUCCCAUGGCAAAUUGCUUUCCCUUGAAGCUUGAUCCAUUGCGGUCCAAUUCGACAUUCGUGUCCCGGUCCAUUUUUUUCUCUCUCUCUCUCUCUCUCGCUCUCGUCGUUUCACUCGCUUCAUAAAAAUACGUCGUCUCGAGUUUAAGGAAAGCCAAAGCCACAUCGACGCGCCUAAUAACGCUCUCUCGUCGGGAUCUUUUUGACUUUGCUUUCGGCGACACGCGUCAUCGGAGCAGCUCGGCACUGUGGACGCGUCGACGCGGAACUGAUUCGCUCCGAUAGCUCUCUUGACAGUGUUAUUCGGCAUCCUCGUGGAAAAACUGACAUCGGCUGCCUUGGAAAAGCUGCUUAUUAAUUCGCCCAAGACAUUAGUACGCCCUCGCGCGGCUCCACUCGGCGGAACGUUCUUGUAAGCCUGCUUGCCUCUUACAAUCAAGCUCCGAAAUUCGCGCGACGCGCCAAUUAAGGUGUCGCUGCUCCGCGCGGAGAUUAGAAAGAUGCCCUUCAUUAGUGCGCGCUUUUUCGGUUCUCGUCCAAUCUCCUGUACCGAAUCGCGCAACAGAGAGCGCAUAUUUUGGUCGAUGAUUUUUAUCAUUCGGCGUCAAUUAGAAAUUGCCUUUGAACGAGAAGGCAGGAGACACGCCCAUGGAAGGGAAGGAAAAAGACGAAGAGCGAGAGACGGGAUAGAUAUUUGUAGGAAAGAGAAAGAGAAAGAGAAAUAGAAUCGAAAAUGUAUAGUUACGGGGAGUGGCGAUGGGGAAAAGAGAUACCCGUGUCCUGGCGAGCUUCCAUUCUGACGUCGUCACGAGUUAUGUCUCGACGAAAGACACUCGUAUCAUUUCCUUUUUCUUUCUCGACGCUUUAAAAGCUCCGACUUGAUUAGACCCACACAUGCCCUCGCCCUAACGACGAUAACCUCAACGUGUAACAGCCUUCGGACUCAAUUGCUAAAUCGAACUUUGCUCCUUUCUUUCACAAGCGGCCCUUCCGUCGCUCUGGCCGCCGCCACUCAUACGCACGUAUGCAUAUUCGCCUCUCGUGCGCAGCGCGAUCGCUUGCUGCGCAACGUGCCUCGCUUUCUCCAUGCGAACAGGGAGGAAGAAUCACCGCGAGCAUUCCUUAAACUUCUAGAUUACAUUCGCACUCACAUACGCAAUGACGCCGAACACGCUCGAAAAGUUAUUGGCAAUCUAAGGCUUGACUAUGUUUCUCUCUUGCCAGCGACUAGUCGGAUUUUUCUUUCUUUUUUGUUUUCUUUUUGUUGCUUCGACUCUGUUCCUUACUCCGCUCGACGCAAGCUCGAGUCCAACUGAGCAGAACAACGCCAGUCGCUGAUCGUUUUACGAUAUAAUUUACGAAUAUAUGUACACGCACAUGUAGGUGUACAUGUACAUGUAGAUAUAUAUAAUUUAUAAAAUUACUACUUUCAACAAGUUAGCCCGGGUAUGGACUAGGCGGGAUUCUGCUAGUCGGAUCGCCGGCCGUGCCCAGCCAACAGAACAGUCUGCAGUAUAACGAUUCAAAGGAGAAAAAUAAAUACACAAGGAGAGCGAACGAGCGGCAACAUUCACAAACACGCGCGCACGCGCUAAGAGCAACAAGAAGAAGUAGAACAAGAACAACAACAACAACAACAACAACAGCUCUAAUCUGGAUUGCUUUUCGUUACAUAUCACGGCACAGAACUCGUCGCACUGCUCGUCGUCGUCGUCGUCGUC